UUAACCAAUUCCUCGUUAGCUCGAAUGGAAAUGUCCGUCUCUGACUAAUUUGUAUUUGUUGCGUUUAGGAGUUUGAGAGCAGGAAGUGUAGUUAAAAUUAUUAAUUAGCUUCAUAUCAUGCCAUGUCCCCCCUGCCCCAGUUUUCGACACAAAGAACAGGCAGAGAGGUCUUGCAACGAGACAACCAAUGUGGCUACAGGAUAACGUGAAAUUGUACCCAGGAAUCCAGAGUGGUUUCGUUGCAACAAUAGUCGUUGAUUAGUCAAUCAACAUGUAUGGAAGAAGACCGUUCCACCACCGACGCCUCCCAGCUAACGUUGGGCAUCUCUGGAGAAUACAUGUCAGGAGGAUAUGUGCUCCAGUCUCAAGAUGAUGAUGGAGAGGAGAGUCUGAACGACCAUGAUGACGGGGGCAUGAAAGAGAACUUCCGGGAGCAGGACAUCUACCUCCCCAUCGCUAACGUGGCACGCAUCAUGAAGAACGGCAUCCCACAGACCGGGAAGGUAACCAUGAUAGCGAAAGACGCCAAGGAGUGUGUGCAGGAGUGUGUGAGCGAGUUCAUCAGCUUUAUCACGUCGGAGGCCAGUGAGCGCUGCCACCAGGAGAAAAGGAAGACCAUCAACGGAGAGGACAUCCUGUUUGCCAUGUCAACCCUGGGAUUCGACAUGUACUUGGAGCCUCUCAAACUCUACCUGCAGAAGUUCAGAGAGGCAAUGAAGGGGGAGAAGGGGAUCCCAGGUGUGUCGGUGGGAGAGGGCCUGGGGGAGGAGCUUACAGACGAUAGCUUCACGAAUCAACUGCCAGCCGGAAUAAUAACAGCCGACGGCCAACAGCAGAACGUCAUGGUGUACACCACCUCAUAUCAACAGAUUCCUGGCGUGCAGCAGAUCCAGUUCUCAUGACGAGGCCUUGCUCCUGCUCUGACCGCGGCGGCCAUCGACUGUACAGACACGGGCCUGGCGACCGUAGGCUAACCAUAGGCUGAGUGUAUGACCCCACUGUCAAAAGGUCAAAGGCAAUCGUCAGAUGGACAGGAGGUCUUGGAAGGGGGGCUGUUAUGGGUGGGAAGGGAUGUGGUGGUUGACACAACCCUGUCAUGUAAAUGUACAAGUCUGUUCUCUAAAUGUAGUACGUAGUCAUGAGGUGCCACAAGGUUUGGAGUGCAGCUUUCAACCAGGUUGGGAUACUUGAUUUUUAAUGCUAUUCGGACCACUUAGUUUGUUUCUGUACAUUGAUUGUUUUAUGCAGGUUUGGGAGGUGGAAUGGGAAGUUCUUUAUUUGUUGCCCACUCUUGUUUGAACCAUGAGGAGAGGUGCCCUUAACGUCAGCUCUUUUCUAAGUGGAUAAACUAGUACCAUGUGCUUUAAUGUGACUUAAAUCCUUUGAAUAAAAAUCCAAAUGAUCCAAUA